AUGCCCGAAAAAGCCAAGCCCCAGAAGCCCGAGCAUCUGUUCGAUUUCACGGAGGUGUUGCCUCAUCUGUUUGUUGCUGGAUUUGGGUGUGUGACGGAAGCUAAACUAAAACAACACGGCAUCACACACCUCGUCGAUGCGACAAAUCUUGGGCUUGUGAGCAAGAAAUUGAAAGAAUUCGAAAUCCUGGAAGUGCCCAUCGCCGACGAUGUACUGGCAAAAAUCAGCAAACAUUUUGAAGCUGUCGUCGAUUUCGUGAAUUCGGCAAAAGCUCAAGUUGGUUUCUGGGGCAAAUCUGGGCUUGGAAAAAUCAUUUUCAACCUA